AUGAAGGCUGUCAGUAUCCUCACUUUGGCAAGCUUGUUAACCUCAGUCAAUGCUCAUGGGUAUUUGACUAUUCCUUACAGUCGUACCAGAUUGGGCUUCGAGGCUGGCAUUGAUACCUGCCCGGAAUGUUCCAUCCUUGAGCCUGUCGCUUCUUGGCCCGACCUAGACGAAGCCCAGGUUGGUCGAAGCGGACCAUGUGGGUACAAUGCGCGAGUUAGUGUCGACUACAAUCAACCCAGCGAUUACUGGGGCAAUUCAGUUGUAGCCACAUAUACCGCGGAUGAGAUUGUUGAAGUUCAAUGGUGUGUCGACAACAAUGGUGACCACGGUGGCAUGUUUACCUACGGAAUCUGUCAGAAUCAAACUCUGGUUGACUUGUUUCUGACUCCGGGUUAUCUCCCCACUACCGAGGAGAAACAAGCUGCUGAAGAUUGUUUCCUGGAGGGCGAACUGAAAUGCACGGAUGUUGAUGGCCAAACCUGUGGCUACAAUCCUGAUUGCACUUCUGAUGAGGAAUGCUACCGAAAUGACUGGUUCACGUGCAAUGCCUUCAAUGCCGACACCAAUCGUGGUUGUCAGGGUGUAGAUGGCUCUGCGGAAGGCACCUGCAAGACAACUAUCUCCGGAGGCUACACGGUUACGAAGAAAAUCAAAAUCCCGGACUAUGAUUCGGAUCAUACUCUACUGCGCCUCAGAUGGAACUCUUAUCAGACGACGCAGGUGUACCUUCACUGUGCUGAUAUCGCUAUAUCGGGCUCAGGAUCAGGAUCAGGAUCAACUUCGAGCUCUAUCACCUCCUCUACCAGCUCAGCCAGCUCGAUCUCAACCACUUUGACUACUACGAAAAGUACCAGCACAUCGAGUACCACUACUGCCUCAGCAACGUGCACUGCAGCGACAACUAUCUCAGUGACCUUCAAUGAGCUGGUGUCUACGACAUACGGUGAAAACAUCUUCAUCACCGGAUCCAUCAGCCAGUUGGGCUCUUGGUCUACCUCGUCUGCAAUUGCCUUGUCUUCAAGCUCGUAUACAUCGUCUAAUCCACUAUGGACUGCCACUAUUAGCCUCCCCGUUGGUACAACCUUUGAGUACAAGUUCAUCAAGAAAGAGUCGGACGGUAGCAUUGUAUGGGAAAGCGAUCCUAAUCGGAGCUAUACUGUCCCGACCGGUUGCUCAGGAACAAAGGCCACUGCAACUGCAACUUGGCGGUAG